AUGGUCGACUCCGCGUACCACGCGGCGAUGGGAGGCGGUGGCGGCGCGCCUGGCGAAGGCGGAAUGACAGUUGAGCAGCUGGUAACCCUAGAAACGAACAUCGACGACAGCACACCACAAAUCGGCAGAUGGCUUAUGUUUCCGAGCUGCUGUUGUCAGGGUUCUCUUGAUGUCUGGAUGGUCAAUGCCAUUAUGAAGAAAGGGCGGCCAGGCGUGGUGCUGCAUGUGCUGUGCGAUCGCACCCAAUGUGACGAUAUGCUUUCCAUCAUCCUCAACGAGACCACCACACUGGGAGUGCGCAUAGUGCCAUGUGAACGUGUCGCAAUGCAGAGGCUCAUGGAGAGUGCUCUCACUCCUUGGGGAUGGGUGCCAGUGAAGGCUGGAUACUUGCAAGGAAAGCUGGUGACAGCUACAGCAGAGUAUGAGCCAUGUGCUGCAAUUGCACGAGAGAAUCACGUCCCUCUUAAGGACGUUAAGUUUGCUGCAGAGAAAUGGUUCAUUGAGAAUGAUGCCCGUGAGCAGAAUCAACUGGGCAUGGGGUGA